AUGGAGAAAAAGGAACAAGGAACUGGAUCUGUACAAAGAAAAGACUCAACAAGGAAGGAAACUUUGAAACCUUAUGUGCCAAAGGCACUAUUUCCUCAGAGACUCAAGGGAGAUGAAAAAGAAAGGUCAUAUUCAAGAUUCCUAGACAUGUUUGCAUCUCUCAGUAUCAACAUUCCCUUCCUCAAAAUCCUUAAACAGAUGCCUACUUAUAUCAAGUGGAUGAAGGAGCUACUAGCUAGGAAGAGCAACCUGAAAGGUGGCCAAACAGUGGUGAUGAACAAGGAAUGCAGUGCUCUCAUUCAGAAGGACGUACUCCGGAAGAAAAAAAAUCCAGGGAGCUUUCAUAUUCCCUGUACCAUAGGAGAAACAAAAAUUGACAGAAAAUUUUGUGAUCCAGGAGCUAGCAUAAAUGUGAUGCCUCUAUUUCUUAUGAAGAAGUUGCAUAUCAAUGAGCUGAGAUCCACUAAUGUAAUAAUACAAUUGGCUGAUAAAACUCAGAAGCAGGCUGAAGGAAUAGUGAAAAAUGUGUUAGUGGGAAACUACUUCCUCCCUACAGACUUUGUUAUUCUGGACAUGGAGGAAAGUUACCUCCAUCCCAUUAUUCUGGGGAGACCAUUUCUAGCUACUUAUCGAGCACUCAUUGAUGUAGAACAAGGAGAGUUGAUACUGAGAAUACAGGAUGAGCAGCUCACUUUCCAGGCCUUCAAGCCCGUGCAUGAAUCUGAGCAAGAGAGCAAGAAAUUAAAGGAAGAAUACAGUGAGAACUCUCUAAAGGAAAACAGCAAUGAAACACCAGGCAAGCAUCUGGAGCUUUCCUUGAUGGAUAAACAAGAAGCUCAAGAGAUGAAGUAA